CCCACCCUGAAUUCACUCUUUUUGGCCUUUUCUUUUUCCCUCUUGAGUGUCAUUUUAGUUCUGUCCAUUCUGUCUUCAGAACAAUGAGAUCCCUGUCUGGAGCAGCUACCGUCACAGCAGACUAACCAACAACCUCUUUUUUCACUCUGCAGUUUAUCACCCAGCCGGGUCCAAAAUGGAGCAUGUUACCCUCAUUGCAAACGUCUCAUCUAAGAGUUCAACGCACACAGACCUCCUGUCUCCCCGGGGAUACACAAUACUGGCCAUAAUCAUGGGUGUGUUCUCCUCGGUGGGGAUCAUCCUCAACGUCCUUGUGAUUGUGGUGACAGUGAGACACAGAAAGUUAAGGCUGCCGCUGAGCUAUGCCCUGGUUAACCUCGCUGUAUGUGACCUUGGCUGUGCUGUGUUUGGAGGCCUGCCCACCACUUUCAACAGUGUCAUGGGACACUUCAGCCUGGGACGUUUGGGCUGUGUAUUUGGAGGCUUUGCUGUUGCCUUUUUUGGUAUAUCAGCUCUGUGUACAGUCGCUGUCAUUUCUGUUGAACGUUACAUCGUGGUGUGUUAUCCCAUGGGAGCUGCUCUUUUCCAGACCAGGCAUGCAGUCGCAGGCGUGGUCCUUUCCUGGGUGUGGUCAUUUGUGUGGAACACCCCACCUCUGUUUGGUUGGGGAAGUUAUGACCUAGAAGGGGUUCAAAUUUCCUGUGCACCAAAUUGGUACAGUCGUGAUGCUGCAAACAUGUCCUAUAUCAUUAUCUACUUCUCUCUAUGUUUUGUGUUGCCAUUUUUCACUAUCAUGGUGUCCUACUCCAGACUUUUAUGGACCCUUCGUCAGGUUGCUAAACUGCAAACAUCUGAGAGUAGGAGCACUUAUCAAGCGGAGAAGCAGGUUGCAGGCAUGGUUGUGGUGAUGGUUCUGGCUUUCCUGAUCACAUGGCUGCCUUAUGCAGCAAUGUCCCUGGCUGUCAUCAUGGACCCUAGUCUUUAUAUAGACCCCGUCAUCUCCACCAUACCUGUUUAUUUAGCCAAAAGCAGCACUGUCUACAACCCCAUCAUAUAUAUUUUCAUGAACAGACAGUUUCGAGAAUGUGUUGUUUCUGUUCUUCUGUGUGGACGGAGCCCAUGGCCCCCCGAAGCCCAAAUAUCAGAUGCUGCCACAACUGUAGCUUCAGCCAACAAAAACAACAGAGUUGUACUGAAACAAUCUUCAAAAGAAUAAAAACUACUCUUAAAAGCUUUUGGUUUUCAUUGAGAGUUACACAAUACAGCAGAUAGAUGUAAGAAUGAUUUACUGGUAUAAAUGUAGAAAUAACUGUGAAAAGAAACCAAUUGUUUGUCACCAUGUGUUCCUGCAGUUUAAAGUUUUAUAAUAUUCAAACAUUAACUUGUUUUUUUUUUUACCCUAUUUAUUUAUUUGUACUGAUUUCUGUGUGUUAUGUUGUUGGGUGUAUUUUAUCUAUUGUCCGAGCCUCAAAUGUUUCUGUGUUUGUGAAAUGUAUUGGUGUCUUUAGAUUUACUGUCAAAUUACAAUCACUAUUAGUUUUUAUUACUGUGUCCUGUUCUGACAGUUUAAGCAAACGAUAUGGUGGGUCUGGUUGCCUCGCAGUGUCAGCGCAAAUUUCCUUGACCAAAUACAUAAUUCACUUUAUUUAAUUAAGGCAUGAUAGACAGCAUCUUGCUUAGACACAAAGUGGACAGGGCACACAUAUAAAAAUUAAUUAUUGAUUAUAUCUUUUGAACAUUUCAUUUCAUGCAUUUCAGAAAAAAUAAAAUUCCAUUAUUAUGGGAUCUGUUUGGUUUAAGUUGACAGCUGGGGAAAAUGAAAUGGAACAGAUUUUCUACAAAUUUUUCCAUUUCAAAAUUCCGUAUUUUUCUGAACGUAGAUUUCUAAAUUUGUUUCGGAAGUUUUUAAAACAUUCUGGACUUAACUUAAUUACCAUUGAACUGGUUCCAUAGUAUUUGGAUCAUAUUACAUAUAGGUUCCGGUGGCGCAGUUGGUAGCACUGCUUAAGCAGAAUAAAGUUAUGACUUAGAAUAUAUACAGUUUUUCUAAAUCAGAUGUUCAAACCACCUUGACUGUUAAUCUUAAUACAUGAUAUUCAUUCUGAAUUAACCAUUGUUGCAUUUUUAGGAUUUUCAGUUUUAUUGUUUGGGUUCAGUGUGCAGAGCGGGAAAAUAAAAUUAACCGUCUUUUUCGUCAAGUUGAUUAGAAAGUCAUGUGUCACCUGCUCAAAUAAACACAAAUGCAAUCAAACAAUUUCAAUGGCUUUUUAUUGAUUACAGAAAUAUUGCUAAGCCUUUUAAUAAAGAAAAGCAAAAAAGGAGACAAAUCUAGAAUGUGAAUAGUUCUAUCAAACCUGUACAUUUCUGUAUAUACAGAGUGAGGGAUAAUCUAUGUACAUGCUACAUACGGUCACACUCUAGGAAAAUUAGUAGUCCUUAUGACGGACAGAGGCAUGGGAUCACUUGACUCAUUCUAAAUCCAUUUCAGAGAAAACACAGAAAUGGCCUGAGGUCAACGUCAGAACUCUGACGUACAUUAACAGGCCUUCUGACAGAUACAGUACAUGUUGACAUGUGAGCAAACUGGUGUGUAAAAACAGCAGUUGUGUGCUUGAACACCUGGUGUUUGGGAGGACUGACGUCAGUCAUCCCGGUUCUGGCAGCCCGUAAAACCAAAACGGAUCAAUGCACAAUACAGCACCCUCCACACUUAUUAGCACACCAAGUAAAAAUAUGUAGAAAUUGAAAUGAUUAAAAUAUUAAUGAAUAAUAUUUUAUUACAGUAAAAUAAUCUGAAACUGAAAAACCUGCAGCAGUUAUCCAACAGUGAGCUUUAGAGACUUUUUUUUAUCUCCGUAAAAAUCCAUCUUGCUUCUAUGACAAGUUUAUCUUGUCACCACAGAACAAGUUAAUCUUUUUUAAUCUUAUUAACUGUUGCCUAACUGUAGAUUUCCUGACUUAUGAACACAUUUGCCUUACUUACAUGAUACGCUAUUUUGUCUUUUAUAGUUUGAAGAGUAGCUAAGGGGGUCUGUCACACCAUAUCUAUAUCUCAGGGAAACAGGAAGCCAUGGAUUAGUAAUUAAACAUGUUUACUAUAUUUAACUUAAAAUAUAAUUAGAAAAAGCUCCAGUUACAUUGAAUACAUUGCCAAUAAUUUUGUAAAAAGAAAACAAAAUACAUAAAUGAGGAUUUGUUUUUCUGCUGAAUAUAUUUUUCUCAAUUUUUCAAAUUUGUGUGAAAUUAGGCUACUGCAAUAAAACAUGAUUUUUUGUGCUGUAUUUUAAUUAGUUUUUUUAAUUGAGUUUGCUUUUCACACAUCUUUACGAGGAGGUGGCAGGACAUAUGGAGGGCACUGCGUGUUUGAGUGUCUAAGUACGGCGUUUCAGCUGACUUUGAUUUGUUGUACAACCCUUCUGGUCCCAGCCAGAACGUCACACUGUGCAGUCAUUUUCUUUGUGUUGUUUUUGGUACUUCAGGUUCAUAUUAUGUGUUGUUGUAAUAAUCAGGUGAUAUAAUGAUGUCCCAUGCAACACUUGAAGGAGGUAUUCCUCUUCCUGCAACAGCUAUUCCACAUACCAACAUAAAAACAUGUGUUUAACAUAGAAACAUGCUUAAAAACAUGACGAGAAUGGACUUAAUGUAAGGUAGUCUCUAAACAGCAAUGAUGCAUUGGAUUUAACACAGAAUGAGUGACAACACAGACUGAAAUUCUUUACAUACAAUAUAAACCAGCAUUGCAAAGGACUUCGGACCAUGAUUUGCUCUACUGGGGAGACACGCAAUCACCUGCACCUCACAGCAUCCACAGAAACAACACGAGCAAAAAGUCCUGAGCUCAAGGAAUGUGCAACACGUCCCCAGCUAAUCACCCACUGUUAAGACUGAGAACAGCAUCCUGGAAUAAUCAUUGCUUCUUCUGAAAAAGUAAAUCUCAUGAUCAUAUAUACAAAUUUCUUGUAUUUAAAAAAAGUAAAAUAUAAAAAAAAAAGCACAUAAGGUUUGACAGAAGAUAGUUUAAGGAUCUACUCAUGAGUUAGAGGUAAAAAAUCAGAUACAAAGGGGACAGUUUAACAUUAACAUCUCACAUGAGACAACAAAGCUUCUCAAUCAAGGCAAAAAGGACAAGGGGAGGGGUGUCUUGGAAUCAGUAGGUGAGGAUUUGUACACUUCCUUUACCUGUUCAGCGUUUUCCUUCUCAAAACAGAACGACAGCAUCUUGCAGUAUAAUGUUCUUUACACCUUUGCAGGAAUGCAGAGUGUUUUCAAAUAUAAAGUAGUGAAGUAGUGCAAAAAAUAUCCAUGUUGUAUGAUUUUAGUGGGUUCAUUUUUGGUUUCUCAAUUGAUUCUUGUUCAGUCGUGUACUUGGCAUCCUACUCUGCUGGAGCGACCGAUGAGGUAACAGAAACAGCCACCCUGACCUCUGCGGGGCAAUAAGGUGCAAAUGUUUAUCUCUGUAAACUCCAAUUUUCCCCACACUCGCCACUUUCAAGUGAGCCAUCAGUGUGAGUCAAUGUGUUUAAGAUAGUUAUAAAAAAAAGACAGAGAAAGAUCAUUUAAGGGGUCAGGUAAAGGUUUAGGAUUGAGGUGCAAUGCUUUAGAGUUAGGAUUCAGGGUGAGGUGUGCUAUGAAAAAAGCAAGAGUUCAACUGCUUAGUCUUAUUUACAGCAAUAAUGUGAACAGAAAGUGAGAGUGGACACCUCUUACUCAUGUUCACUUUGACUCCUUCCUUACAGCUCACUGAUACAGCAAGUUCUGUUUCAAAUCUGAGUCAGCUCACAUUAUAACGCUGCCCUCUUCUGGACAACAGUGGUAGUAGCAGCAAGGAGAACCAUAUAUUCUCCAACUUUUC